AUGGCGGCCGCGGCGGCGGGACCGAUCGAGGACGAGUCCAAGUACUUCAAGGUGGACGUGUGCGUCGGCGACGCGCCGCUCCCGAUCGUGACCGCGGUCGACGGCGGCGAGUGGGUCGUCGCUCGCUUCGACGACCCGACGACGACGAUGAUGAAGACCGAGGAGCAGGAUCCGUACGGCGAGCGGUACACCCAGGAGUGGCCCGCGACGCCCUACGCGGUGCGCGUUUCGAACGAGUCCUACCCGGGCCCCGUGGAGGCGCAGGUGUUCGUGGACGGCAAGCUCGCGGGGAUCCAGGUCGUGUACAAAGCGAACGACGAGCGAGGGCCGCAGUACAAGAACGCGAUGUGGUUCAGGGGGUUCGCGUCGUCGCCGCAGGUGAUCAGCUACGGCAAGGACACGAUCACGCAGUUCCUGUUCACGCUCCCGAGGGCGGCAGCCGCGAGGGGGGGUGGGGACCAGGGCGCGCGGCCGAAGAUGUCCGCCGCGGACCGCGCGGCGUUGGAGUCCAUCAGAGUCGUGUUCCACGACGUGCAGUUCACCGGAGCGAGGAAAGAGGUCGCGGUCCCGGUGGCGGCGCGGCGCGGCGCGGUCGUCUCCGGCGUGAACAAAGCGUCCGCGAAGGACGCGAAAGCGUCCACGAGCACGGCGACGGGCGCGACGCUGCAGAACGCGCACGCGGGGGCGUACACCGGGAGCGUGUACGACCGCUUAGAAGUCAUCGCGGAGAGAACGAUUCGAUACGGGACGAAAUCGCAGUUGCAGCUACGGCGCGCGCUGCCGAGCGACGUCGAGGAGGCGACAGGAGAGCGCGCGAAGAAGACCGAGACCGAGGAGGGGGUCGGAGGAGGGGGAGGGGGAGGGGGCGGGGGCGCGGGCGUCGACGUCGUGGAGAUCGACGCGGCGCCGACGCGCGUCAAGCCGGAGCCGCGCGCGUUGCAUCCCGCGUGCGUCGCCGCCGCGCUCGCAGCGGGGAACGACGGGCCUAUCGAGCUCGAGUGA